AUGAAACACAUUCCUGGAUUCGACAACAUCACGGACGUUUUGUCUAGACUGUGUAGCCAAACAGAUGCUGCUUUCGACGAAGAAUCGGAACACUUCUUAUUAACAGUUGGAGACGGACCUAUUGCGAUUACCCUGGAAGAAAUAAAGAAAGAGACAGAAAACGAUAAAAUACUGCAGUCUGUGAUAAAAUCUCUGGAUUCUGGAGACUGGCCUCUCGACUUAGUUCGAUACCAAGCAUUCAGCAAAGAGCUGGGUUUACGAGAAGGUAUUGUUGUUCGCGACGAAAGAACGACGGUUAUAUUGAAACGAAGAGCUUUAGAAAUCGAACACAGAGGACAUCCUGGAGUAUUUUCGAUGCGAAGGCGUCUACGGGAACGAGUCUGGUGGCCGUGCAUGGAUAACGAUGUCGGCAGUAUGGUUCAAAAGUGCGCAGGAUGUGCAGCCGUUAGCAAGCAACAUCCGCCGAAACCCAUGUUGCGAAAAGAGAUUCCGGAUAGAGCGUGGCAAGAGGUCGCUAUUGACUUUUUCUCAGCCAAAGAUUGCGCAACAUGUCCGGUUCUUGUGUAUUACUACAGUCGGUACCUCAAAGUAGUAGAAAUGAAGACAACAAACGCAGGAAAAACCAUCGAAGCUUUGGAAACGAUCUUCAAUUAG